AGAUUAUUAGGCAGAAAGUUUAGGCUGGCAAAAUAAAGCACAAGAUAAUAUGGCACCCAAUUAAAUGGUCCAAUUAAACCCCUCAUGGAGUAUACCUUAAUGGCCAUUACACCACCAAACUUCUAAAACGGGUUUAAGUUACUCUCAAUUUCCUCAGAUUGUCAAAAACUACCCCAAAUCACCAAUCAAAUCUCAUCCCAGAAUUUGGAGUUCAAUGGAAGAAAGCACCAUUCUGCACACAUAAAUAAGUCUCAGGUUCAAGCCACAACAUGAAGCUGAAAGUAGGCAAUUCGGUAGAGGUGUUGAGAAAAUAAAAUGAUCUUUGUAUGUCCUGGUUUUCAGGUUAACAAUUGCAGUUGAUGGCGAGGACUUCAUCGUGAGGUACAAGUCACUUAUGGACCGCAAAGCGAUGGUGGUGGAGAGGGUGUACAGAAAGAACAUUAGGCCUCAGCCUCCACAAGCAAAGAAAGGGGAGGGAGGGAUUGUUGGUGAUAUGGUUGAAGUGUUUGAUACAAAGUGUUGGAAGGUAGUCAAGGUGGCGAAGAACAAUCGAGUAAAUAUUAGAUUUCUUGGAUCCAUUCAGUCUAAGGAAUUUGAUGAAUGUAACCUGAGGAUCAGGCAAGCUUGGGAUCAGAACAAGUGGUCAAUGACAGAGAAGGUUCAAAAGAAAAACAAGAUUCGUUAUAGAUCGAGUGACUCAAAAGGUCAACUAGAGGCAAGUUGUGAAGAACCUUACUCCAAAGAGAGCAAAAUCAGCUGCAAGAGAAGAAAAUCAAACAUUUAUGUGGGAGGGCCAUCAAUGGUUAAUCGUUGGUUGUAUAUACAGGUAGAUAAAACAUCAACGAACAACUCUAGUACUGAUCAGCCAGAUCCAAAGAUGAAAAAAGUAACAAGCUAUGGGAUGCAUAAAUCUUUUGAGUCUACUAAGUACACUGAUGAUAGUUACCAAUGUUCAGUGGCUAGUUGUAGUUUCAACAAGCUUUCGGACAGUCAAAAUGAGAGUUCAGCGGAACUUGGAGAAGAUGUUGGUGAUAUUUCCGAGGCAGAGUCAUCAUUUCCAUCUUUGUCUGGGAAAAAACUCUCAGCGCCAUUAUUAGAGCCUGAUUUGCUUGAUGCAGACAUCCACCAGUUAGAGCUUCAAGCAUACAAGUCGACUUUGCAGGUGCUCUAUGCUUCAGGUCCCUUGAGUUGGGAGCAGGAAUCCCUCCUAACGAAUCUUCGUCUGUCCCUUCACAUAACAAAUGAGGAACAUUUGCAGCAUUUGAGGCACCUCUUAUCUUCUUAGAUUCUCUGAUGAUCUCCACACCAGUCCACAAUCUCUGAAUCAAUUGUAUAUAUAUGUAAUUUGUUUUAGAAAGAUUGGUUUUGUUUUUAGUCUGAUGAUAUGCCUUUGAUCAGUACAACCCAAAUUCCCAUAAUUUCUGUUGCCCAUUAAAAGUUGAGAAAUGGAUGAAAAAGGGUCCUGUAGUCUGCCAAGUGUGUGUUUCACAAGUAGAAAGAACAUAUAAAGUUGGUUGAAACUUGAAAGUUUAACACCUCAUCCAUAUUUGGCACUUUUUUCAGAUAUGAAGCUGUUUACAAACAUCGUUGAUCAGGAUAAAGACAAGAUGUUCGAGCAAUUGCUUCAGUUAGCUUUAUACAUAGUUCAUCCUCUCUAAGCAUUAUUAUAGACAUGAAAACUUUCACUAAAAAUUUCGGGAUGGA